AUGGAUGAACUUGAUGCUUCGUACCUUGUUGCUGUCAUUCUUUAUGGAAACUAUAUUUUCGAUCUAUUGGUGUACCUGGUUCAUUGGACAGAACUCAAGCCAAGCUUCAAGUCGUAUUACAUCGUACAUCACGGUGUUUGUUUGGUCGCCCUAUUGAUUUGGCGAUGUGCUGGUGGAUCCUCUACGCUUCAACUUGCAUAUACUGUUGGAUUUAUCCUGUGGAUUUCAGAGCUCCCUCUUGCAUACCUCAUCCAACUCAUCCGCUUCUCCUACCCUCAAGUUUGGUGUACUCCACUCCAAAUCGGACUUGCAUGUCUCGCUCAAGUGUGCUCUUUGAUGUCAUACAUUUACGUAGCCUUGCAUAUUCCAAAAUCAGAGUGGUUUGGAGUGACGCCUAUCUUGCUCUUGCUUAUUGGACUAACGAUGGAUGCUAUUGACGCCUCUGGUACCCUAUUCUUCCUGAUGAAACGAAUCAAAGGUGGUCGCAAAGCCAAGCCUACAAUCGAAACCAGGAGGACACCUACGCAUUCACAAGCUGCCUCUCCCCAGACACCAAAAAUAAAGUCACCAUAA